CUCUCUCUGUUCUCACAUCAGUUCUAAGGGGCUUCAAGUGCGCGUUAUUCAUCGGGUUAAACAGUUUAGAGAUGCAGUUAUUCAAAUCCUGCAGUAUUUCCGCUGGAUUCGGGCUGCGGUAUCAUAGCAACAACGCCCCAAAAUCCCCGUAACAGCGUCCGCAACAGUCGAACCCGAAACUCUGGAUCAGAGCCCCGGCGCACGCGCGCGCGACACUCCCCAAAGAAGAGCGCGAGGCAAACGAGGGAAUAUUUGCGACUGGAUUUGCUGGAAAUAACGAAUUUAUUCCGUCACAUCGCUGCAAAAAUGUGUUAUUGUGAUGAGAGAAAGUUUCCGUUUAAUCCCCUAAAUGUGAAUUUUUCUGUCAUAUUUCACGUUUCAGAAUGAUUAAUUGAGCUUCAUCAUGAUCGCCACAGGGGGUCUGCUGCGGAUAUCUGCCCGGAGACAGGACUCCCUCCACGCUAAAAACCGAGCGGAAAAUAAACGCAAGAGGAAAGCAAAGAAAAAGAGGAAGAACGAAGUGGUGGUGGUUAAAGGAAAACUGAAGUUAUGCUCUGUGUCUGGACUGGUGGCUGCCGUUGGCAUACUGGUGCUGCUGGUUGGCGUUGGGAUGGCUGUGUUGGGCUACUGGCCUAAAGAGAACCCAGUGUACCCAGAUCUGCUGAACGCACAGAGGACCUACGACGGCGGAGAAUCUGAAUCAUUUAAUGUGACCAUCACUAGUAUGUCCUGGCGUGAACUAAACAAAGACUUGAGAAGCUUUAACAGCUCCAACAGCACGACUGAGAUGAAUCCGCCUCAGUUCGGAGCGUUUGCUGUAUUUAUAAACACACACUUGCAUUCCGAUAAGCUGAAAGUGUUCGGGCCUUUGAUUAUGGGCAUCGGCAUCUUCCUGUUUAUUUGCGCAAACGCGGUUCUUCAUGAGAACAGAGACAAAAAGACCAAAAUCAUUAACCUCAGAGACAUCUACUCAACCGUGAUUGACAUUCAUAGUUUGCGGAGCAAAGAGUCGGCCCCGCUCAACGGUUUUAUCAACUAUUGUCAAUCAAAAGAGAGCAAAUCGAGCCCCUCAUCCGCCGGCGGUCCGCUGGCCUCCUGGCCGUCUCCAGGUUCAGCUAGACACGACCCAAGUUUCAUGAUUCCUUCACGACGACCGUCUACCACCAUCCCACGAGUUUCAUCUUUAGAAAGACAGAUCUUCACAGACACUGUGUACAGCAUCUCCAGAGAUCACAACCCACAGACUGAACUCAAGCAGUGGGAAACCAGAAGCGUCGGGUCGACGUCCGUCAACGCCUUCACUCUUCCCAUGAUGAAACUCAACAGUCGAGGGGCGGCAGACAGAAGGGGCUCAGAUAAAACCGGUGAAGUUAAAAGAGAGGGUUUGGACGCUGAGGCCAUUUGCAGACGUCUGGAGGAUCUGGUGGCGUCCAGGAGCAUCACGAAGGCCAAAGUGGAGACCCAGCCGCAGCUCUCGCAGGACUCUGUGGAGGUUUACAGGAGCAGCGGGAGUCUGCAGGGACUUCCUCGUGUCUCUCUGCAGGGAUCACAGGUUCAGCUGUUGACUCCGUCCUCACCGGGCCGCAGGGCCGCCGGGUCUCACCUGUCUCUCAGCGCUCUCUCAGACUACUCCAGGUCUAUUGAUCUGGGCAUCUGUCCAUCCACCCCUACAGAUCGACAGGUGGUGCGAUCCAGACGUCUCAGCUGUCCUCGACUGGAGGGGAUCAGCAGCGGAGGCUACACUAAACUGGAGGGGCUGGGGGGGGAGUCGUUUGAGUCUACUGAGACUGCAGCCUUCAGUCGAGGGAGUUCUGUUGAGAUUUUAGAGAAGGACCGGGAGGAGAGCAGGUCUCCGGACGCCGCCGUGCUCAGACAGUAUUCCAACAAACAAAAACUUCUAAUGGUUUCUCAAUCCGACGCUACUUUAGAGGACGUGGACAGUGUGGACAUUUAACUAGAAAAAGCGACGUCUUAAACAGACCCAAAGACGAUCUGAAAUCUUCAGCCUCUAUCCUCAGAGAUUCCAAAGCAAAAAGCAGAAUGCCUCUGAUCGUAAGCAUGAUAGCACAGCUCUGCUCUACUAGAUAAAACAAUCCUCCAGUAGUCUCAUAUUUGUGGCUGUUUCUUUAGUCUGAGCAGCAUGUUUUAUAUCGCCGUUUACUUGCACUUUUCUAAGCACCAAAUCACGAGGACAUGCACAGCAAUAUCUCAUUUGAAAUGUGAGAAAUGUUCAUGUUUGCAUUAGAAAUGUUAACUUACACGUGUAUGCUGUCGGAGUACGUCUUGUUUAGGAUUGUCAUGUUUUAAUCCAGACAUCAGCGCAAAGCUCUCUGUAGUUCAGUACUGUCUGAAAUCUAAUGCCAAUGAGGGUAUAUUUAAAAUAUCAUGACAUGUGAGUCUCUCAGAUGUGUUUAGGGGAAUGAAUUAAAAAAGGAUUUAUGCUAUCGUUUUAUGUCCCAUCUCUUUGAGCUUAAGAGAAGCAUUAAUGCAGCGGUUCAUUCACAGUCAGAUGAGAGGUUUCAUUGUCUGACGCUCUGCAGUGAUGAUGUGAUACACGAGCUCUUUCUGAAGUCUGUCUGACAUCAAUGAACACAGAAUGAUCUGUGUGUUUCGUGUUGCAGUGUUAACAUCUUUAAAACACUGCACUCCUCCAUGAGCUUCAGAUACUGCUGUUGAAGAGACAUGAUGCGACAGAGAACUCUCACACGCACGCACACGCACGCACGCAGUUCAUGAAAAAAUGUAUACAUUCUGUCAUUUAUUUCAUUGGACCGGCUGUGAUGAUUCUUCCUAUAAGAAUUAAACUCAAGAAACUAGAAGAAACUGUGAACAUGUCUUAUUUCCACUAUGCAGAAAAGAAUAUUCAACAAAAAUCUGAAACUUACAUUUUUUUGAAGAUGGAGAAGUGCCAGACUAUCUUGUGACAAUGUACUGUAUAUAAGGAAAUAUUACAAAUUAUUUUCUCAUUUUUCUAAUCAUAGUGUUUUAAACUAAACAUUGAAAUUGUUGAAUAUGUUCAGUUAAUAGUUUUUUUAUUUCACUUUAAAUGAAUGUUCCUGUU